GUUCAUUAGAAAGGACAUUCCUUCUCUAUUCCCUGUCUUUCGGCCACAUUUUCUUUCUAUCCUCUAAAUGGAGACUUUUUCUCUAAAGAAUCAAAACACAAACAAUCUCCUCAACCCUCUCUUCUUCCCUUUUCUCUUUCUCAACCUACACAAAUUUCCCUUCGAUUCACAAUUCCACCUUCACAUUAUCAUCACUCACACCAACUACUUUAUCUUUUUCAAUUUUCAUAUAUUGCGUUCAAUUCUUCCACCAAUAUGCCAUUGCUUCUCCAAAGGGUCAUCUACACUUCCAUUGAUUCCCCCCACAACAAUCCCAGAUGAUGCAUUUCCAUCGUUCUUUAAGAUCACAUUCAGUGGGAACAAUUCUACCCGACAAAACCAUAGAGGAGCCUUUGCCUGGUAAAGUAGCACAAAGCACCGUCACAUGUUUCUACCAAGCCAAUGUUAUGGGCUAUUGGAGGAACGUAUCUGUGUUGUGGUGCAAAAGUCACAUGAACCAUUCCUUGCACGUCACGAUUGAUAGCGUAGGAGGUGAGGUGCAGUAUAGUUGCAAGAUUGACGUGAAGCCUUGGCACUUUUGGAGCAAAAAAGGGUACAAAACCUUUGAGGUUGAUAGCAACCAGGUUGAGCUCUAUUGGGAUCUCCGGUCGGCGAAAUUCUCCGGCUCCCCUGAACCGAGCAGCGACUACUACGUAGCCUUAGUGUGUGAGGAAGAGGUUGUGUUGUUGUUGGGAGACUACAAGAAUAAGGCUUACAAGAGAACAAAAUCUAGACCUGCUCUUGUUGAUGCUAUGUUGUUGGUCAAGAAAGAAAACGUGUUUGCCAAGAAAAGCUUCACAACGAAGGCUCGGUUUGAUGAGAAGAGAAAAGAUAGUGAGAUUGUUGUGGACUGCUCAACUGGGGGUUCGAAUGACCCUGAGAUGUGGAUUACCAUAGAUGGGGUUGUGUUGAUCAAUGUCAAGAACCUGCAGUGGAAGUUCAGGGGGAACCAAACUGUGAUGGUUAACAAGCAACCAGUGCAAGUGUUUUGGGAUGUGCACGAUUGGUUGUUUAGUGGGUCUGGUUCAGGGCCUGGCCUUUUCAUCUUCAAGCCAGGGCCUCCAGAACCGGAGAAUGAGAAAGAAGACAGUGUUAUGGAGGGUUGUUGUGAGAGUGAUGAUGACAGUGUUGGAUAUUAUUCAACUAUCAAUAUUGCAGCCAUUGAGUUCUGCCUCGUUCUCUAUGCCUACAAAAUUGAGUAACAGAGAAGAGAGAGCAAGUGUGUUAUAGUUGAGGGCAAAGAGUAACAAGGUUGUAAAGAUAGUUGUAUUUUUCUGUUCUGGUGGAUGUACUACUUCUAUUGUGAACCCAAUGUUGCUUAUGCCAGGUAACUGGCAGAUUUUGAUAUCAGAAUAGAGUGAUUCAUAUUUGCAGGAUGUUUUCUUAAAAAAGACUAUCUAUUUUAAAGCUAUUCUAUGGCUCAUGGAAAUUUUCACUUUUGUGAGCAGUUGCCGUAUGAGUACAUAGCAAAGAACAUUACAACAUUCAACUAACCC